AGAAAAGCUCGAUAUCUCCACGUUACCUAGGCUCUAUUCUCCUGCCAUCCUCAACCUUCUUUUUCCCCUUCGUCUUAGCUGGCUUUCUAAAUAGUUCGUUCGCGCCCGUCCUCCCGGCGCGUCCUCUGCUUGCCGAGCUUCACCAGCUUUUAGGCUGUCCGUACCCGUUCUGUUCUUCUCUCUCCCUAGCCGUCUUCUAUGCGGCACCUCGCGAACGAACACCUCUAGCCCCACUCGACCCCCCUAGGCACCGCUUAGUUAGUGGCCGUCGCGCUGGAUCGGAUCGUGUCGUGAGGAUGGCUACGAGCCUCAAACCGGGUCCGUCAUCGUCUGAGCUGAGGAUGGAGAAGAGCGACGGAUCGCUGGAGAGCGGCGCCCACGGCAGCUCCCCAGCUGACGCCGAAAAGGAGCGCAAGCUCGACAGGCGGCUCCUAUGGAAGCGGGACUUGGUCCUCAUACCCGUGACGGGGCUGCUGUACAUGAUUCUAUUUCUCGAUCGGACGAACAUCGCGAACGCUCGGAGUCUGGGGAUCGGGAAACCGGACGGCCUCGAAAUGUCUCUCAACAUGCCCUCGAACGGAUACAACACGGCGCUCUGGAUCUUCUACAUCCCCUUCGUGCUGGCCGAAGUGCCAGCGAAUCUUCUCCUCAGCCUCAACAAGAUCCGCCCUGGCGUUUUCCUCGGCGUGCAGAUGUUCCUCCUAGGCGUCCUUGGGAUGUGUCAGGGCCUGACCCAAAGCUACGGUGGAAUCCUCGCUAUUCGUUUCCUGAUGGGCAUCUUCGAAGUCGCCCUCCCGGCCGGCGCGACUUACAUGAUAUCGAUGUACUAUACUAAGCGCGAAGCGGCCGUCCGGUUUGCCUGGUUUUUCAACUUCGCGCUCGCUGGCCCGCUGUUCUCCGGCCUCCUCGCGUUCGCGAUCCAGAACAUCGACGGUGCCGGCGGCUACCAGGGCUGGCGGUGGAUCUUCAUCAUCGAGGGCCUGGCGACUGUCGUCUUUUCUUUCUUCAUCUUCUGGGUCUGCCCCAACUUUCCGCAGCACGCCCAGUCGUGGUUCCUGACGAGCGAGGAGCGCGAUCGCCUCGUGGCCUCGCUCGAGGCGUCCCGUGGCGUCGAGACUAAGGGUUCGCCCGCCGAUAACGUCCCCAUCUGGAAGGUCCUGGUCGACUGGAGGAUCCACCUCCUCACCAUGUGCUUCUUCUGCUGCGAUAUUACCGCCGCUUCCAUGUCCGCCUUCGCGCCGACGAUCCUUACCGAGCUCGGCUGGACGGCGACCAUUGCGCAGCUCAUGACGAUGCCCGUUUGGGCGUCCGGCAUCGUCUCCACGUUCUUCUUCUCCUGGGUCGCCUCGCGGCUCAAUCUCCGCACGCCAUUUCUCCUUUUUGCUGUCGGUCUUCAGUUGGUCGGAUGGGCGAUCAUGGUGGCCUACGUGCCAGCGCCCGGGGUGCGUUACUUCGCUCUGUUCAUGAUGUCUGCCGGCACGUUUCCCCAGAUGGCGAUCCUUAUGGGCUGGCUCAGUGCCAAUCUGCGUGGCCAUAAGUACCUUGCCGUCGGCAUGGGCUGGAUGGUGGGCUUCGGGAAUUGCGCCAACUUCAUCAGCUCCAAUAUAUUCAUCCUCGCAGAGCGCCCUCGCUACCCCACAGGAUUCCACACGGGCCUCGCCUUCACGAUAGCGGGCUUCGUACUUACGAGUGUCGCAUUCGUUCUCUUCUAUAUAUUUAACCAGAGACGCGAGAAGGCUCGGUCACAGAUGACAGAUGACGAACGUAAGAGCCACGAUGAUUUGUACUUCAAGUUUGUAUAUUAGGGAAGGCGACGCCUAACGAGCACACGGUAAUUCGUGUCGAUAUAUAUAUAAUGACGGACGAUCAUUAAUGUUAUGAGGACAUUUCAAAUAUACCAUCAUUGCUUAUCAAAUUGGCAGGACUUUUCAGUAUUAAGAUCAUCAUGGGAAGGGGGUU